AUCCCCUCCAACAUUAUAAAGCCAUUGUCCGGCUUACGACUGUUGCGGUCGGCUCCUCGUGUUAACAAAGUAACGGUUCAGCUCAUCGUUGUAAAACUUUCGCAUCCAUAAUGAGGGAAAUCGUGCACAUCCAGGCCGGCCAGUGCGGUAACCAGAUUGGUGCCAAGUUCUGGGAAGUGAUCAGCGAUGAGCACGGCAUUGAUCCCACAGGGACUUACCACGGCGACAGUGACCUGCAGCUGGACAGGAUCAGUGUUUACUACAAUGAGGCCACAGGAGGUAAAUAUGUUCCUCGGGCCAUUCUGGUGGACUUGGAGCCCGGCACUAUGGACUCCGUGAGGUCUGGACCCUUUGGGCAGAUCUUCAGACCUGACAAUUUUGUGUUCGGUCAGAGCGGUGCUGGUAACAACUGGGCAAAGGGUCACUACACAGAGGGAGCUGAGCUGGUGGACUCAGUUCUGGAUGUGGUCCGUAAAGAGUCCGAAAGCUGUGACUGCCUGCAGGGCUUCCAGCUCACCCACUCUCUCGGUGGCGGAACCGGAUCCGGCAUGGGAACUCUGCUCAUCAGCAAGAUCCGCGAGGAGUACCCUGAUCGUAUCAUGAACACCUUCAGCGUGGUGCCUUCCCCCAAGGUGUCCGACACAGUGGUGGAGCCCUACAACGCCACCCUGUCAGUGCACCAGCUCGUAGAGAACACAGACGAGACCUACUGCAUCGACAACGAGGCCCUGUACGACAUCUGCUUCCGCACGCUCAAACUGACCACGCCCACGUACGGCGACCUCAACCACCUGGUGUCGGCCACCAUGAGCGGCGUCACCACCUGCCUGCGCUUCCCCGGCCAGCUCAACGCCGACCUGCGCAAGCUAGCAGUCAACAUGGUGCCUUUCCCGCGCCUGCACUUCUUCAUGCCGGGCUUCGCCCCGCUCACCAGCCGCGGCAGCCAGCAGUACCGCGCCCUCACGGUCCCCGAGCUCACCCAGCAGGUGUUCGACGCCAAGAACAUGAUGGCGGCCUGCGACCCGCGCCACGGCCGCUACCUCACCGUGGCCGCCGUGUUCCGCGGCCGCAUGUCCAUGAAGGAGGUGGACGAGCAGAUGCUCAAUGUGCAGAACAAGAACAGCAGCUACUUCGUGGAGUGGAUCCCCAACAAUGUGAAGACGGCCGUCUGUGACAUUCCACCCCGUGGCCUCAAGAUGGCCGUCACAUUCAUCGGCAACAGCACGGCCAUCCAGGAGCUGUUCAAGCGCAUCUCCGAGCAGUUCACGGCCAUGUUCCGUCGUAAGGCCUUCUUGCACUGGUACACGGGUGAAGGUAUGGAUGAGAUGGAGUUCACUGAAGCAGAGAGCAACAUGAAUGACCUGGUGUCUGAGUACCAGCAGUACCAGGACGCCACCGCUGAGGAGGAGGGCGAAUUUGAGGAGGAGGCUGAAGAGGAUGCUUGAAGAGAACCACGUGAAGGUCAAGCCGUGACGUUCAACCCAACAAUGCCAAAAUAGAAAAUAAUCAACAAGGAUCGAACACAACAGUAACCAAGGAAUAACCAAGUAUUGAGCAAUGCUAGUAUGAAACGUUAGUGUUUGUUAGAUACCCCCUGUCAUUUACCUGGAAAAUAAAGUUGUCAAAUGAAAAA